AUGUUAUGUUUUAGGUACAAUUAUCAUAUUCCAUUUCUUAAAGUAAAUGGUAUUUUAAGUAUCCAAGAAAAGUGUAUCGGGCCUCUAUACAAACAUGUUUUCCCCCCAAGACUCGCACCAAGACUCUCUUUUGUCGGAAUACCUAAAAAGACUCUUGCAUUUCCAAUAGCAGAGACUCAAUCAAGGUGGAUAGCACACACAUUGUCAAGGAAAGUUUUGUUGCCAUCAGAAGAUGAAAUGUUGAACGAUGUCGAAGAAUAUUACCAUGAAUCGGAAGGAAAAGGGAUCCCAAAGCAUCAUAUUCAUACUCUUGGAUUUGAGAAAUGCGGGAGAGUGACAGUAGACGUGAAGAUCGAUGGUGGUGCCGGAUGUAGGUGGUGGAGCUGGCUAGAUAUAACCCAAAUACGAGAAGAGAAGUCCCCACCGCGAUCGAUGGUGGUGCCGAAUAUAACCAGAUUUCACUGCUCUUCCGCCGGCGAGGCCAUCUCCAAUGAACGUUCUAGCAAGUUUCAUUCUCUCUUCUGUUCCCCAUGCUCGAUUUUAUGGCGAUGGGAAUCGAUUUUUGUAGAAUGA